AUGAGUAGCCAGACCGGACAGAAUGGCCCAGCCGAUAACCAGUACCUAGCCAUGGUCGGCGAUGUCCAAGCCGAGCUGACCCGCCUUCAAGUCCAGCAUCGUUGGAUCCAGAUGUGCCUCAAAGAUAAGAUUGUUUUCGCGCCAGUGGAUACCACGAAUGGCGGGCUCAGGAUUCUCGACAUGGGCUGCGCCGACGGAACACUACUACGGGACCUGCAGAAACAGGUUCCACCAUCCGCGCACAUGGUCGGCGCCGAUGUUUCAACCAUUUUCCUGCCCACGUCAGCUCAGGGCAACAUCCGCUACGUAACCCACGACGUUUGCGAUCCACCGGCCGGGGAUCUAAAGGGCCAAUUCGAUCUGACCCACGUUCGCAAUGUUCUCCACAGCGCCCACCGGUCCGGCAUUGAGCAGGCCAUCGCAAACCUCGCCGAUACGUUGGCCUCGGGAGGCUGGUUGCAGAUUAUGGAGCUGGACAUCAGUCCAGACCAGCCGAACCAACCCCAGUCACUGAAAGAUCUCAUUCACAUCAUUGGGACCAUGUUUGAGAAGCAGGGAAUGGAUCGUAAAUACGCGUCCAAAAUUCCAGAGGCAAUGAAGAUGACCGGUCUCCAAAACUUCAAGGUCGAGCGAGUGGAGUGUGGGAUUGGUAAAGUGCAUGGCGACGAGGCCGCCGUCAAAUCUUCCAUCGAGCCCUUCAUGCACACCAUUCCGCUUGUCGCCAGGAACGCCCAAAUGUUGGUUCCUGAUAUGGAUCCGGUAAUCUAUACCAACCUGGAGGAGAGAUACACAAAGGAGAUGACUGAGCAGGGCGGCAUUUUCCCAGCGAACGUCUUCAUGGCUCAGAAGCCCGUUGCGUGA